AUGGCGGUUGCCGACAAUUCCACCGGCUCCGGUGGAUCUUCAGGCAGCUUUUUUACCUCCAGAACCCCGAUUCUUGGUCAAAAACUCGAUGUGGUAAUCAUAGCGGUAGUUGUUGUAAUGCUGAUAAUUUUCCUGUUAAUUUUGUUUUUCCUCCGUUUGAAUCGGAAUUCAAAGCGACGACGCAUUGCCGUGAAGCACAGCUCAGGACUGUUUCCUUUAGAGAUCAACGAAAUCAAAGACUCGGAUCGCACUGAAAGUCGUAAAGUGAACGAGCUGGAAAACACAAACGUAACGUUUUUGGUAGAAGACGUGGUGAAGGGUGUUGAAUUCGGUAAAAAAGGAGGCUCGGAGAGCACUGAGUUGGAUUCGAAUCGGAGUGCGUCGUCAUCUUCGGUGACGGUGUCGAGUGAUGGGGUGAAUAACUACGGAUGGGGCAGAUUGUACAGUUUGAAGGAGCUGAAAAUUGCAACCAAUCAAUUUUCCGACGAGAAUGUGAUUGGAGAAGGGGGUUAUGGCAUUGUUUAUCGAGGCAUUUUGCAUGAUGGCUCUGUAAUUGCAGUUAAAAGUCUCCGAAACAACAAGGGUCAGGCAGAGAAGGAGUUCAAGGUGGAAGUUGAAGCCAUUGGAAAAGUAAGACACAAGAACCUUGUGGGUCUGAUCGGGUUUUGCGCAGAAGGCACUCAGAGGCUACUUGUGUACGAGUACAUUGAUAAUGGCAAUCUGGAGCAGUGGUUACAUGGUGAUGUGGGGCUGGUUAGCCCUCUCACUUGGGAGAUCAGGAUGAAAAUUGCCAUCGGGACAGCAAGAGGGCUGGCAUAUUUGCAUGAAGGAUCUGAGAAAAGCUAUGUUACAACACGAGUGAUGGGAACCUUUGGAUAUGUUUCCCCUGACUAUGCAAGUACAGGAAUGCUCAACGAGGGGAGUGAUGUAUAUAGUUUCGGUAUUUUACUGAUGGAGUUAAUUACCGGAAGAAGUCCGGUUGACUAUUCAAGACCACCUGGGGAGAUGACCUUGGUCGACUGGUUCAAAGGGAUGGUAUUAAGUCGUCGUGGAGAAGAGUUAGUGGACUCCAUGAUUGAUGUUCCUCCUCCUUCAAGAUCUUUAAAGAGAGUACUACUCAUCUGCCUUCGCUGUAUAGAUUUGGAUGCCAACAAGCGUCCAAAGAUGGGGCAAGUUGUACACAUGCUUGAGGCAGAUGAAUUUCCUUAUCGCACAGAACCUCGAUCUACCUGUGAAACAUCUCCUCUACAUCCCCGAACAACUCGUAACAACAAAAUUCUAUUCUCACCUGAGGAUGCGGCGAAUAACGAUGUACAAAAAUCUAGGAGGAGAUGA